ACUUUCUCCCUGCCGUGCCGCCUCACACCCUUGCCCGCCGACGAACAGCUAUUUGGUUUUAAUUUCUGCGUUGCUUGGUGAGAUUCUUUUCGAUUUGGGUUCUUCUUCCUCUCUCUCCGGUCUUCUGCGUUUGAAUCUCAAAUCAGUGUUUCGGGCAAAAUCGAGCUCAAAAUUGCAUCUGCAAUUUGUACAAGCAAAAAAGUUAGAGUUAGCUAGUGUUAUCUCUUUUUCCUUUGCAGAUGAAGAUAAAAGCAGCUAAUGCAGGUGCACUGACUAAUUUUGAAGUGCUUGAUUUUUUACGAUCUAGAGGGGCCUCAAAGGAUCCUACACGAGUUAUAGUUCCUGUAGCACCAUCUGAGUUCAAGGUUUAUGACUACUUAGUGGAGACUGCUGCUUGCAAUCAAACAAGAGAGCACAUAAAUGAGUUCUUGGAGAAGUGUAAGAAAUAUAGCCUUGCAAAAGCUGAGGUGCUCAAUAUCAUCAACCUCAGGCCAUCCAGUUUGGUUGAAAUUGACCCGAUCAUAGAACAAUCCGAGAAGCGUUUCGAAGAACAACUGGAAGGGCUAGUGAAUUUGGUGGCAGAGGUGUUGCCAACGGGCUCAACACAACCGAAACCUGAAGAAGAGAUUGAGGAGGAAAACGUAGAAAUGGCAGAUGGGGAAAAAACUGAGCAUGAAGGGCAGGCUGUAGAAGCUGAACAAAUUCAUAAUGAUGAAAAUGAAGGUAGCUGAGUCUGUCUUAAGCAGGACUUCCAUGCUACAAAUGUACUUGAAUUAAAGCUAUUUAUUUAUUUAAGAAGAAACCAAAGAAAGACGAGAAACAUGGUUUACAGCUCUUAACUGAUCCCAUAAUCUCAAAGUCAAAUGGGUUUUGAAAAAUGGGAUUCCACCUAGUCCUAUACUGUCCUAGUUCCACCAGUGGACAGACACAACACCAACAAAAUGUGUCAAAUCAAACAUCACUUCCAAAAUCCCAUCUUCUUUAACCAAAGUUAGCAAAGAAAAGAUGGGCAGUCUGCAAAUCUGACCCAUCCCCACCUGUGGGACGUUGAAUUUGUAAUUUUGGAAAGGUUAAACUUCAGUCUGGUACUUUAAUUAUUGUAUAAAUUUUUUAAUUAGUU